AUGAGCUCGAUCUCCCCUGAACAUAAAUUUGAGGCCCAAGCGCUCACAUACUUUCUUUCCUUCAACUUCAAGACAAACAAUCUGUCACCACCAAAAGCACCGCAACACCCUUUGCAGAUUUGCAAGUCCAUCACAGCCUUUCCGCAUCAACCCAAAAACACAACACAUCCCCUCUCAACAAGAAUCAAAAUGUCUCAAGAAGAAUCUUCCGCCACUACCUCCGCUGCUGCCACCGGUGCACCCACUCCUAAGGAGGCAAUGUUCUUUUUCACCAUCCUCAAUAACAUGAAGAACAAACCCGAGGUUGACUGGGACGCCGUUGCACAGAUUUCCGGCUUCAGCAAUGGCAGGACCGCCGCAACCCGCUUUAGUCAAAUUAAGAAGAAGUUGGGUGCUACGUCCUCUAACGUUGACACCACCGCUUCCAGCUCUUCUCCCUCAAAGAUCCCCAAGGCGAAGACUCCCAAGAAGGCUAAGGUGGGCAGUGGCACCAACGCCUCCCCAUCAAAGGUUGCCAAGAAGCGCGGCCGCAAGCCCAAGGUCAAGCACGAGGAUGAGGCUGAGGAUGGUGGUGCGGAUGUUGAGAUGAGCGAUUCCCCUACUCAAGAGAAUUUUGAGGAGGAGGCCGAGUUCUACGAAGCUGAGGAGAUCGAGAUCGUCGAGGAGGCUUAA